ACCGGCGAUGUGAACUUCUAUUUGCAGUGUUAUUGAUGUGAAAGUCUUAAUCUAGUGGUUGACCACGCGAAGAUCCACCGUGAAUGUCCAUUGUGAUUCGUUCCAUCGGUGUUACCUGUUCCUCGAAUUGAAUUUUUUCUUUUCUGGCGGAUCCGAAGCCGACGGACUAAAUCGACUAACUCCAUUAUCAGGCCGGAAACCUGAACUCAUAACAAAAAGGCCUUGUUCGCUGUUAAGUCUUCCUUCGCUCCCCUUUCUCUCUUCUCCUCUCCUCUCAUUGUCCCAAAUUCACCUCUUUGGUCAUUAUUUGCUCUUUUCUUGGUCUUUUCACCCACCUCGACAGGGAACUACCGACGGGUUUUCAAUCGAUACGAACCUCCGAUUUUAAUCUCAUCGUCUCUGCUGCCUAUCAGUUAGCCCGCCAAGCUGCCAAUCAGCUUGACUAAGUCUGCUCUCUGUACAUCAUCCGACCACAAUACAUAAAAAAAAAACCCCCGCAGACAGGAUGAAUCGUCUUGUCAGGCUUUGCUUCGUCUCCUUGGUCGUCGCAUCCUCUGCGAUUGCGACCACAGCGCCCGAACAGGCCGACGCCGAGGGGAGCGCUGUCUCCGACAAGUCCGAUUUCUACAGCUAUCUCGAGAAGAUCGAUGAGCAAUCCAUCCACAAGGCUCUUCAUCUCUUCGAAAAGUUCCACCAUGGCGUCUUCCCCUCCGACGAUGACGCCGUGCAGGCUCUCGGUACGGAGGAUAGCUCGUUGGCAGCCCAUCUGAAUCUGAAGAGGGACAACAGCUCCACAGCUGCUGAGCCCUCGGCCACUGCUGUAGCGGAACCAACCAGCACGGCGGCCGGCACCACUGCUACUCCAACUCCUACUCAAAAGUCUACUGCCGAGUCCACUACUGAGCAUACUACUGCUCAGCCAAACACUCAGUCGACGACCGACAAGCCCACCACUGACAAGCCUACCACCACCAGCGAAACCCACUCGGAACCGCCGUCCACCCACACCACGGCCUCAACUGAGCCCCCGUCCACUCACUCAGACCCCAAGACAACUUCUACCGACUCUACACCCUCCGCCACGAACUCCGACUCUAGCUCUAGCUCCAGCUCCACCACCACCAAGAAGGACCCCACCACCAUGCAAACUACCACGGCCCCAGAGACCACCAAGAAGCCCGAGACCACCAAGAACACAACCCCCUAUACCUCCACUUUCAAGAGCACCACCACCCUCCCCAACGGCGAGCAAAGCACCAUCACCUCCAUCACAGUCGUUCACCCCACCGAAACCAACCAUGAAGUCGCCACCAAAACCGGCGCCGCCCCCGGCCUGCAGACCGACAACGCCGCUUCCACCACCGGCCUCACCCGCGAGCUGUUCGUGAUGAUUGGCGGAGCCGCCAUGGUCGCCAUGGCCUUGUAAUCUUGUCCACCCUCCACUCCCUCCUUCUCUUUCUAUGAAAGCAAAGCCGACAUCGCUUACGUUACGUUUUGUACUGCCUUUUUCACGCUCACGCUCCACUUACGAUCCUUGUGCAUACUGUGGCGUCCGACAUUUGUCUCUCUUUAUUUUAAGCGGUAUUGAGAUGAGAUCGAUCAUGGGUUUAAGGGCAUGUCUCUCCUUUUUUUUAUUCUGUCUAGCGUGUUGUGCAUAAUUAGAUUGAUGACCUGGCUUUAGUGCGGGUUACUCUGAACAAUUGAAUCUUAGUAGAUAUGUGAUUAUCUUGAUGUUUAUUCAGU